AUGUCGUAUCUAAAUAAUCCGGCCAUUGUCAUGGACAAUGGUACCGGUCUGACAAAGCUGGGUUUUGCUGGAAAUGAUUCACCAUCAUGGGUGUUCCCUACCGCUAUUGCCACUGCGCAGCGCUCGACAACGAAACAGGGUGGAAGCGGGUCAGGUGCGGGCCAGUCACAGGGGUCGGGAAAUCCUUACUUUGGAAACUCAACCUCAGCCACAUCCUUUAACAGCCUGGCAUCUGCAGCGCUCUUGUCGAAUAACCUUGCCGGGAAGCGGGGCACAGAGGACUUGGAUUUCUACAUCGGAAACGAGGCUUUGGCUGCUUCUCAGGGUCCUUCCUAUUCGUUAAGCUAUCCGAUUAGACACGGACAGGUCGAAAACUGGGAUCAUAUGGAGCGGUUUUGGGAAAACUCUAUUUUCAAAUACCUCAGGACUGAGCCUGAAGACCACUUUUUUCUGCUCACGGAGCCUCCACUAAACCCUCCCGAAAAUCGUGAACAAGUGGCGGAAAUUUUCUUUGAGAGUUUCAACUGCGCCGGGCUCUACAUUGCUGUGCAGGCAGUUCUGGCCCUCGCCGCGUCGUGGACCUCUUCGAAGGUCGUUGAUAGAUCGUUAACCGGUACAGUUAUAGACUCCGGAGAUGGUGUUACACACGUUAUCCCUGUGGCUGAGGGCUACGUGAUCGGUUCGGCGAUCAAGAACAUCCCAAUCGCCGGUAGAGACAUUACUCUUUUCAUUCAAUCAUUACUGAGAGAGCGUGGUGAGGAAGAUACCACUCUCAGAACCGCGGAACGUAUUAAGCAGGAGUACUGUUACGUGUGCUCAGACAUCGUCAAAGAGUUCAACAAGUUUGACCGCGACCCCCAGAAGUUUGCCCAGUUUAUCGUCGAAAACAGCGAAAAGACUAAGCGCAAGGUAAUAGAUGUGGGAUACGAGAGGUUUUUGGCUCCAGAGAUCUUCUUCAAUCCCGAGAUCGCGUCUUCUGACUUCUUAACACCCCUUCCAACUGUUGUUGAUCAGACCAUCCAGGCUUGCCCCAUCGAUGUUCGUAAAGGCCUUUACAACAAUAUUGUUUUGUCUGGUGGUUCGACCAUGUUUAAGGAUUUCGGGCGUCGUCUGCAGAGAGACCUCAAGGGCAUAGUAAACAACAGAAUCGCAUUAAGCGAACAUCUGAGCGGAACAAAGUCGACCGGUGUUGACGUUCAAGUCAUUUCGCACAGGAGACAAAGGAACGCCGUGUGGUUUGGUGGCUCCCUACUUGCCCAGACAGCUGAAUUCAAAAGCUACUGUCACACAAAGCAGGACUACGAGGAAAUUGGGCCAGAGAUUGUCAGAAACUUUAGUCUCUUCAACAUGGUCUAA